AUGGAGGCUGCCACGAGAAGACAUUUCUUCCACCAUGGUCAGGAUAGCAACGAGGAUGAAAAGGACCAAUGUCACUGGUGCCAACUUCGGUCCUUCCCAACACACAAGACUGCUCCAAUUACAGUGGUCAACGACGUUGACACUCAGACGCUUCCGCAAAACUUCCGCUUCAUCAACGAGGUAGUCCUUGGCGCUGGCGUAUCAGCCGCUGACUUAAGUUUUCGAAGCGGUUGCGCCUGUGUUCACCACGACGACUGCCAAUAUGCGGGCUGCCUAUGCCUCUCAGACCUUGACCAAGAGGAAGCCGACGAAGACGUCUCAGACGAUCAGGAUGUAUUCAACUCAACCAUAAGAGCGCCAGCAGCGCCGCAGAAGGCUUAUGCCUACCACAUGCAUGGGACCAAGGCUGGUAUACUACGAUCUAAACUCGUCACAUCCAAGCUGCCCCUGUAUGAAUGCCACCAAGGGUGUUCCUGCUCCCCCAGUUGUCCAAACCGGGUGGUCGAACGUGGACGCACGGUACCUCUCCAAAUCUUCCGCACGCCAGACCGUGGAUGGGGCGUUCGAACCCAGGAGUCAAUCAAGAAGGGUCAGUUUGUCGACCGAUACCUGGGCGAAAUCAUCACAUCCGCCGAAGCAGAUCGACGCCGAGACGCCUCUGUUGUAUCUCGAAGAAAGGACGUAUAUCUAUUCGCACUUGAUAAAUUUACGGAUCCUGAAUCGCUGGAUGCCCGACUUAGCGGACCUCCUCUUGAGGUGGAUGGUGAAUUUAUGUCUGGACCUACCCGGUUCAUUAACCACUCCUGUGACCCCAACAUGCGUAUUUUCGCACGCGUUGGGGAUCAUGCGGACAAACACAUACAUGAUCUUGCUCUCUUUGCCAUAAAGGAUAUCCAGAAAGGGGAAGAACUAACCUUUGACUACGUGGACGGAGCAAGCGAAGACUUUGGAGAGCCAGAGGACUCGAUUGAGGACAUGACACGUUGUUUAUGUGGCAGCUCUAAGUGUAGGAGGUUUUUGUGGUAA